UAUAUGGUCCCUAGAUAAGGGACAUAUCAGAUAUUUAAACUGAUAAGAACAGAUAUUAUGCUUGAUCUUAGCCAAAAAGCCGAGAUCUGAUCUAUGUUUGAUGCGUCAAGCGCCAUAUCCUAUUUUGUUAGGAAGGGAAUGCGUAGAUAAUAAUUCUUCCCUUGUAAUGCAGCUAAAAACCCCAUCUGUUGCUGAUGUCCAGUGUCUGUAUCCCAUAUGACAUAUUUGGUAUUUUGUUUAAGAAGGAACUGCAGAUGCUGGAGAAUCGAAGAGUUACACAAAAAAAAAGCUGGAGAAACUCAGCGAGAGAAGAGGAGAACUUCUUCAAACCUGCUGAGUUUCUCCAGCUUUUUUUUUGUGUAACCUGACAUAUUUGGUAAUUGGUGAUUAUGUCUGGAUACGAGUAGAUCGGCAUCUGGUGUUCCAUAUCGUGUAGAAACAUCAGCAAAUACUAUAGCCCAAUAUCCAUUUGGUGUUCUCCUCCAAAUUCCUCUCUCGAUAUAUCAGCUGGACUAAAAGAUUAUGUGUUGUAAAAUUCUAUUGUGUAUCUCCGGAUACUGUUUAAGAUACGAGUGUCAAAAAUUAUUUAUUCGAUGUCUUCUCGCACCAACCUCCUUGCUUCCUUCUGGUUUUACUGUUUUCAUCUGGAUCCCCGAGGCCGUGUGUUGUGGGUGUACACAUCUUCAGAUAUAGGGGCGAUCCCUUUGAGGAUGAUGUUUGGACGUUUAGAUGAGCUCCAAUUUGGCUUCAUUGUCCAACUCCUUGACCUUCUAGAUCGGUCACCUCCAAAUAAAGAUUUUGCUAGGAGGUUUCGGGUUUACACAGGCCCGUGUCAAUCCCGGUUGGAUGUAACCAGAUGCAUAAAUUGAUUAGUUUAGUACAUUCAGGGAUUUACAAUCCCCAGUGGCAAGUGACAGCUAUGGUGACAGCGAGGAGUUGAGUGUAGGAGCAAAGAGGUCCUUCUGCAGUUGUACAGAGCCCUAGUGUGUAUUACAGUUGUACAGAGCCCUUGGGUAUUGUGUGCAGUUUUGGUCCGCAAAUUUGAGGAAGGACACUCUUGCUAUUGAGGGAGUGCAGCAUAUGUUCACAAGGUUAAUUCCCGGGAUGGCGAGACUGUCAUAUGCUGAGAGGAUGGAGUGGCUGGGAUGGUAUCCCUGGAAUUUAGAAAGAUGAGACGUAUCUUAUUGAAACAUAUAAGAUUAUUAAGGGGUUGGACACACUAGAGGAGGAAACAUGUUCCCGAUGUUGGGGAAAUCCAGAACCAGGGGCCACAGUUUAAGAAUAAGGGGUAGGCCAUUUAGAACGAAGAUGAGAAAACACUUUUUCACACAGAGAGUUGUGAGUCUGUGGAAUUUUCUGCCUCCGAGGGCGGUGGAGGCCGGUUCUCUGAAUACUUUCAAGAGAGAGCUAGAUAGGGCUCUUAAAGAUAGUGGAGUCAAGGGGAGAAGUCAUGAAUGGGAUACUGAUUGUGGAUGAUCAGCCAUGAUCAUAUUGAAUGGCAGUGCCGGCUCGAAGGGCCAAAUGGCGUACCGCUACACCUAUUGUCUAUUGUCUAUAAUCAAGAAUAUAACUAUCUCUCUCUUAAAAAUAUCCAUUGGCUUCCACAGUCUUCUGUGGCAAAUAAUUCCACAGAUUCAUCACCUCACCGUUCUCCACACCCUCAACUCAUGAAACCUCUAACCUACUUUUUCCACAUGUCCCUUCCUUACAGAUAGAAGAUCAUCAGGAUUAUUUGUGUCCCUGCUUUUCCAAAACCUUCAGAAGUCUUCAGGAGGUGCAUGGACAAGUCAACCUUCACGCGGAUCUACAUCCUGCCGUUGGUGGUGAUCACCGAAGCCUCCUCUGCGGUGAGCAAGAAGCUAUUGGUGAGGGAAACCAUUGCUGCCGUCACAGAAGCCGAGGCCGUCACUCAACGUUGCAGGAAGAAGAGGACCAUCAAGAUGAUCUUCAUCAUCAUGACCUUUGCCCUCUGUUGGUUCCCCCUCAACGUCUACACCGUCCUGCUCACUGGUCAAUGCGUCCAAUUCAACAACACCCUCUACUUUGCCUUCCACUGGGUGGCCGUGAGCAGCACCUGUUGGAACCCCUUCAUCUACUGUUGGAUGGACAACAGGUUCCGCUCCAACCUCAUGACCCUUCUGGCCACGUGUGGGGGGAGAAGGAGGAGAGGAGGCUAGAUCCUGGCGCUCAACGCGGCCAGCGGAGACAAGAGGCAGUCGGGGUGAAAUUGGAGGACAAGCCUGGCCCGUCCACGGAGAAUAUGAGUUUCUACCUUGGUGGGCGCAGGGGUAACAAUGGGGAGGGGAGUACAGUUUAGACUUUACAGAUUCCCCGUUGAAACUUGGUAUCAUGUUCAGCCCAGGUAUUAUGGGCCAAGGCAUCUGUACCUGUGCUGUAUUGUUCUAUGUUUAGUUUAGUUUAGUUUAGUUUAGUUUAGUUUAGUUUAGUUUAGUUUAGUUUAGUUUAGUUUAGUUUAGUUUAGUUUAGUUUAGUUUAGUUCAGUUCAGUUCAGUUCAGUUUAGAGAUAUCAACAAUCACAAUCGACCACUUAAAAUUCUUAAAGGAUUGGACAUGCUAGAUGUAGGAAAAAUGUUCCCCAUGUUAAAGGAGUCCAGAUCCAGGGGUCACAGUUUAAGAAUAUGGGAUGGGCCAUUUAGGACUGAGAUGAGGAAAAACAUUUUCACCCAGAGAGUUGUGAAUCUGUGGAAUUCUCUGCCACAGAAGGCAGUGGAGGCAAAUUCACUGGAUGUUUUUGAAGAGAGAUUGAGAUUUAGCUGUUAGGGCUUAAAUAAUCAACGGAUAUUGAGAAAAGCAGGAGCGUGGGACUGAUUUAUAUGAUCAGGCAUGAUCAUAUUGAAUGGGGGUGCUGGCUAGAAGGGCUGAAUGGCCUACUCCUGCACCUAUUAUCUGUUUCUAUGUUUCUACCCGUACAAACUGGGCCUACGUUAUCCUACUUUCUCACCCACUCCCUGCGCUCUAUGGGGCAAUUUAUAGUGGGGCCAUUAGCCUGCAAACCCGCACGUCUUUGGGAUGUGGGAGGAAACCGGAACACCCAGAGAGAACCCACGUGGUCACAGGGAAAACUACACGCGCACACACGUAUACACACACGCACACACACACGUUUCCGGUAGGCGGCGCGGCUCUGGCCAGCAGCGGACU